AUGAGAGAGCCGGACCUGUUGCCGCUGCUAGUGACGUUCCUGGUCGGCCUGCUCUGGCGUCUGGAAUACGGCAUCCUGCUGGGCACCGGCGUCAGCCUCCUGCUCCUGCUGCACCGGUCGGCUCGGCCGAAGAUCGUCGUCACCACCAAAUGGACGCCGGCUGGUGGCCGGCCGUACUUGCUGGUGACACCCGAGUGCGGACUUCACUACCCGGCCGCCGAGAACCUCCGCGACCGCAUCCUGGCGGCGGCUCGCGGAAGCUUCCCUGCGCCGGACCGGCCGGCAGAGGGCGAGGCGGCCGUCAGCUGCGCUCCGGAGGUGACCCGGCUGUGCCCCGCUGACACUGGCCGGGCAAGGGUCACGGAGGGCGAGGUCAAGGUCACGCGUCUGGCCGGAGAAGGUGCAGGCGACGGAUGGACGGCACUGGAUAGUGAAGCGAACGGCCUAUCGGAUGGACACGCUGGGGAGGACAGCAAGACUGAGGAAACUUCCCUGCCAGUGGUUCUCAACUGUCGCAACAUACGCUACACAGACUUCACGGCAGCCAAGAGCGUGGCCGCCGCCGGCCGGAGCCUAGAGCAGACCGGCGCCGGACCCCUGCUCCUGCUGGAGGCAAAGCCGUCGGUGCUUGCCGUAUGGACAGCUGUCGAUCCGGAGGCGUUCUUCAUCUGCUGCUCGGAGGCCGCCGCCGCCCAGCGCGUGGACGACGAAGCGAGGAGCCGGUUUGCAGACGAAGGUGGAAACCAGAAGCCAGUCAGCGGCGUCCGUUUCAGCCCGCACCAAGGCCAGGUCGCUGACCUCGCUGACGGGUCUGAAACACUGCUGGAGCCUUCGCGCCACACCCUUGUCCGAGAAAGUCAUCCGAACCACAGCAUCGAGAAUGCUUAGUUAGUGACCCGAUUAUCUGAAUCGAGCGCGCAUGGUGAACUUGUUGAUAACCAAGUGCCUCUAAUGUAUAAAACUGCUGUGCUGAGUACGUGGCGGACUGCGUUGCGGCAUCCGUCACGCAUGGUGAAC